AUGAGUAAGAAGAUGAGGAAGAGCGGAAGGACGGAAGGAGGAGAUAGCGAAGAGCCGACCCUUUCCAGCGUUCAACUUCUCUCGGUUGCCACGUGCCGCAUCACCAACAGCCGUCUUCACUCUGACCGCAAGAGCCUCGUCUGUCCUGCCCAGCGCUACUUGCCCACCAUUGGGCACGAGAUCAGGUCGCUAGGCUGGUUGCCUGCACCACUCGAUCGAUGCCCAGGUCAGAAGUGUGCAAAGUGCCAGAAACUGAUCCGCAGACAGCCAGCGCAAGCCACGGCAAACUGUGAAGAAGACGAACAGGUACCGACUGCAGCCUCUAAUCAAUCCCAAUGGCAGCGGUGCGGAUGCACGCCCUACGAGGCUGUCGCGAAGGCAUUCUCUCUUGCCCUCGCCCAUUCUAGCCUCACUCUUCUCUCCCAUCUCGCCCAUCUGCCCGCUGCUGUGACUCUCCACCUGUCCAACCGCCGCUCGCUCGACUCGUCUGUCCGCCAGACAGUCGGUCAACCGGUUGGUUUGCAGAAAGAGCCUGGCGCUCACCGCAUCACAUGCCUCAUUACUUCACCCCAGCACCGACUGAGGCUGCAUGGGCAAAACAAAUAA